GACACACAUGAUUACAUUUCACCCAACUUGGAUUGGUAAAUGUGCGUUGCUCUCCAAACAGAAGCUGAGCCGGCAUGGAGCUACACCCUCUAUGGAUCGUGUUGAUGUUAUCACUGGUCAGUGUGGCCAGCACAGAUUUCAUUGGCUACAAAGUGACGUCAUCAACUCCAUCAGACGGUGGAUAUACAUCAAUAGUUCUUGAAGGGCUGCCUCUCGCAAUUGAUGUCGUCACAGGGUUCUACGUAACCAUGGCUACAGCCAAUUGCCCAAUCAAAUUACAGAUAUGGAGGAGAUUGUCGUAUCUCAAGUAUAAACUCAUUAGUGAAACAUAUCUCAGUUCAUCUUCUGUGGGGCCUAACAAUAUCCCCCUGCCAGAAUCGGAACAAUUCAUCAUCUACAAUGGUGACAGGCUGGGGUUUUCGUCUCUCAGCCCCGCCAAUUCCUGUGUUGCCUAUACGGUGACAACUGAUCCUGGAGAUGAGUCUCAGACCCUCCGUUACACCUUCAGUAGCGGCAUCCCACCAGUAGAGGGCAACACCUACACGUUCGACCAGUAUAAACAGACAUUCCGAUACGGUCUAGGCAUCCAGGUGAAGUAUGGAAGCCAGCACCGACAGUUCGUCAUGGCGGGCACAGAGAAAGUGAUCGGUCACCACUUGACCACAGACAAGAUGGCACCAGCAGGGAGGAUCACCAUCAUCCUUGAGGGUCUGAUGCUCACGGAGGGCAAGGUCAGCGGAUAUUACGUCAGACUUGCCAAAGCGAACUGUCCAAUCAGACUACAGAUAUGGAGGCCAACUUCUGGUCGGUCUUACCAGCUUCUUGGGGAGACGAACUUCGAGUCAAAGAGUACAGGCUAUUUCCAUAUUGCCUCAUCUAAGCUCAUCGCAGUGACUGGAGCAGACAAGGUCGGGUUCACCACCCUGGACGACACCAGCUCGUGUGUUCCUUACCUGUUCGUGUCGGACAAGAGACGGUCACAGACAGUCUUCCAUGACUUCUUCUCCGCCAACCCUCCCACUGUCAACUCCACCCAAAUCUUCAGCGCCCUCCAAACUACGUACCUCUUUGCUGUGGAGGUAGCCGUUGUUGAGUCCUUCCUUGUGCUACCGGGACCUAGAGGAUCCGCCGGGGCUACCGGUAUCCAGGGUAUACAGGGUCUGCAGGGGCCCACGGGAGAAAGUGGGGUCAGAGGCGACCAAGGGCGUACUGGGGAGCAGGGACUGCAGGGUGACCGUGGAACAGACGGCCCAGUAGGUAUACGCGGUUCUGUAGGAAGCAGGGGUCAGGUAGGACCCGUAGGCCGGAGAGGCCCACAAGGAGGAGCUGGAGCUUCUGGUCAGGUCGGUACAGUUGGUCAAUCUGGGGACAAGGGCAUGGUAGGCGACACAGGAAGGGAGGGUCAACUUGGACAGAUGGGAAGCAAGGCUGGAAGAGGACCUCAAGGACAGCAGGGCAUGACUGGCGACUCCCCAAAGGGCGAGGAAGGCGACCAGGGACCACGGGGACCAGCAGGUGAAGUAGGCCCAGAAGGAAUGCCAGGAGAGAUUGGUCCCCAGGGAGAUGACGGGCCUACUGGCAUGGAGGGCGCUGAUGGGGCGCCAGGAGUUCAGGGCUCCAUGUGGACGCCAAACGAACUAUGCAAGCAGAUCAACGUGACAUGUGAGCAGGAAUGUACGAGUAACGGUAUGAAGGCAACAUGUACCUGCAGACCAGGAUUUCGGUUGAAGGAUGGCUAUAAGUGUAUUGGUAGGUGA